CAGAGUGAAGGAAAUAUGUCUAAACCACUGAAGACCAUAUUUGUGAUGCCUGCUCUUCUAUACCAGACUUGGAUGUAUUGCAUUUUUGGCCAGAUCAUAACUGAUCAGAAUGAGAAGUUGGUGGACUCGGCCUUUGGAUGCGGAUGGACGGACACUGACUCUCGUUUCAAACGGAGUUUGGCGAUCGUCAUGAUGGCGGCUACACGACCUCUCAAGAUCAGAAUAGGCAAGACGUGUGACCUAUCCAGGGCACUUCUGCUUCAGGUUCUGAACGGAACGUAUGGGCUGCUGAAUAUGCUGUGCAAUUUUAAUACACCAGUCUAAGCAUGAAGAAAACUUAAAGAAACACAUUUUUUCCUGAUUACG